AUGGAACAACCUCAAGAUCAUACAUAUUCCCAUGUAGAAUCCGGAUCUCCUGGUGGGAACUCGGAGGCUUCUGUUAAAACAACCAAGAGGAGGGCCAGACAGGCAAGACUUCGACGUACAUACAAUGAUUAUAAGAAACUUCAUCCCCAGGGUAACCUGUGUCAACGUUGUGCUGGCAUAAGCUGGACAGACCUUCUCUCUGGAGAGGCUUAUGAUGAGGACGACAAAUGGGAUGAAUUGAAGUUAUUCAGCGUCCCUGAGACAAGUCAGGAGCUCUCUGCGUCGUCCUGUCCGCUGUGUCGACUGAUGAGCUCCGAUCAAAUGUUCGGAAAGGACCCCAGUCGAACCCUUAGCGUUUACAACGUCUACCGCACUGUGGAAUAUGACACGAGUCAUGAUAGGAACGGUUGGAAGCAGUAUACCCCAGGCCUCACAUUGUUUGUUAGCCCUGCUUCUCAAGCGGAAUUUCGGUUUGCUGAUCGAGAGUACGUCCUACAAGACGCGUGUCCAGAUACCCAAGGCUAUGUACUCCGCAAGCUUGACCCUGAAAAUAUCGACUACGAGGUUCUUCGUCGUUGGUUGAGGUACUGCAAGGGUCAUCACAUAGCAUGUGAUCACACCUACGUUUCAUUCAUUCCUGGCCUCAAAGUCAUCGACUGCACCACCGGAAAAGUCAUUGAUGCACCUGAGGAUAGCGCUUUCCGUUAUUUAGCGUUGUCUUACGUCUGGGGUAGUAUCCAAAGUUCUGGAAUAGAUCAAGAUGAAUUUCCUGCGACAAUAUGCGACGCCAUCACCGUCACGGUGCAACUAGGAUACAGAUACCUAUGGGUUGAUCAAUAUUGUAUCAACCAGUUGGCUGGGGGACACAAACAAGCUCAGAUACAACUCAUGGGCCGCAUUUACGCCGAGUCAGAGCUUGUCAUCAUCGCUGCAGCCGGCAGCUCAUCCGAAUAUGGACUACCUGGUGUUAGCGUCAAAGCUAGAGAAGCCCAGAGAAGAAUCCGACUGGAAAAAGAUGUUGAGUUGAUCGCAAUGAACGUACCGGAUCAUAUACUACCCAAGAGUACCUGGGCGCAAAGAGGCUGGACUUACCAGGAGGGUUAUCUGGCAACGCGUAGACUCGUCUUCACAGACAAGGAGGUUUUAUACGUAUGCAACCAAGGAGCAUGGCAAGAGUCUGUGCAGCGACCUGCCAUGGAAAACGACGGCCAAUACUUGACGAUGGCGAACGAAUGUUUUCCUAGAAUGGGUCUAUCCCCACACAACAGUCGGAAGGCGGUCUAUCGUUUUCUCGACAACUAUUCGCGCAGAAAGCUAUCCUACGAUAGCGAUAUUCUGAACGCCUGCACUGGAGUGUUGAAUAGACUUGUGAGCCACCACUUCUGGGGCACGGUAGCUCCACGCGUGGAUGUUCGCCGAUGUAACUCGCUCUGUCUAGAGUGGCGCAGCUGGAAUCCAGGCCAAAGAAGACAAGGUUUUCCGUCUUGGUCCUGGGUGGCGACCGCCGGUCCAAAAAUGAUCCCUUCAUGCGCUUGGGGAGAUCACAAUGAAGGCUACGUUGCGUACUUACGCACAACUGAUGGACGCUGGCUGUUCCCAGAGGAGCAGCAUGAAAACCGAAGUGACCCUUUACCCAUGAACUUUGGCCCUACUCUACGUCUUAGAGCUACACUCUACACAGCUUCUUUGAGCACUGACACAAAGCAUAUAUACACGGAGGGACAUCACAAACCAAUGGUCGUUUUCCAGUCUACUGAUCGGAAUCGCGGUGAAGUCGAAGUUUUCUUCAAGCUGUGGCUUGACGCUGAACUCACAGAAUCGGACUUGGUGAACGCUAUUAUAGCAAUACUUGUCUCUGGCAGCACUGAACACUUAACACCUUUCAACAUGGGUCCCGCUUUCAUGAUCCUUCAGGCAGUAGGACAUCAUUACAAGAGGAUCGGCAUCACAGACUAUGAGGAUCGUUGCUGGGUUCAAGAAAAGAAAACAGGGAUGAUAUGGAUGAAAGAUCCUGAUGUCAUGUUGUCAUACGAUGUCUGUAGAGGUAGUGAGGAGUUCAUCUAUAUUGAGUAA